GGACAUUAGGACCCUGAGGAGGAUGAACACUCUCUGCAGGACCGAGCUAAAACAAACAGCUGAGUGAAAGCACAGAGAGAGGGAGAGGGAGAGAGAGAAGGAGAAGGGAGUGAGAUACAGAGAGAGGCAGGCAGCAAUACAGGGGGAGACUGAACCCUGGAAAGAGACAGCUUGAGAGGAGGAGGAAAGCUCAGGGAGAAUGUAAGAGGAGCAGGCAGCCUCUCACCUCCCCCAUUCAUACAAAUCUCUCCAUCCUGCCUGCAGCAUGAGAAGGAUCAGGGCUAAUGCCAUCGCCAUCCUGACCGUAGCCUGGAUCCUGGGAACCUUCUACUACCUAUGGCAGGACAGCAAGCCCCAUCCUGCAACAUCCAGCAGAUCCCCUGGAAGAAGCCGGGCGCCGGUGAGGCAGGAGGUGCACAGAGAGGACAGGACCAGCCCUGAGGCUGUGACGUCAGCCCUCCAGACAGAGAAGGGGAAACUGAAUGGCUUUGAUGAGAAGACCUAUCUAUCCUCAAAGUUUCUGAAGGCCGGAGAGGAUCCCUACCGUCAACAUGCUUUUAACCAGCUGGAAAGUGACAAGCUGAGCAGUGACCGGCCCAUUCGGGACACAAGACACUACAGGUGCACCUCUGUGCAUUACGAUGCCGACCUUCCAUCUACCAGUGUUAUUAUCACUUUUCACAAUGAGGCUCGUUCUACUCUUCUCCGAACUAUCAAGAGCGUUUUAAUUCGAAGCCCUUCAAAUCUAAUUCAGGAGAUUAUUUUAGUGGAUGACUACAGUGCGGACCCCGAUGACUGCCAGCUACUAACAAAAAUUCCGAAGGUUAAAUGCCUGAGAAACAGCCGGAGAGAAGGACUGAUCCGAUCUCGUGUUCGUGGAGCGGAAGCAGCCUCUACAGGAAUUCUCACAUUUUUGGAUAGUCACUGUGAGGUCAACAAUGAAUGGCUUCAGCCUUUGCUUCAGAGGGUCAAGGAGGAUCACACCCGUGUUGUCAGUCCAAUAAUUGAUGUCAUCAGCCUGGAUAAUUUUGCCUAUCUGGCAGCGUCUGCAGACUUAAGAGGAGGUUUUGACUGGAGUCUUCAUUUUAAAUGGGAGCAGAUUCCCAUUGAACAAAAGAUGUCCCGCACGGAUCCAACCUCCUCAAUAAGGACGCCUGUCAUUGCUGGUGGUAUUUUUGUUAUGGACAAGUCUUGGUUUAACCAGCUGGGAAAAUAUGAUACUCAGAUGGACAUCUGGGGAGGAGAGAACUUUGAGCUCUCCUUCCGUGUCUGGAUGUGUGGUGGUAGCCUAGAGAUUGUACCUUGCAGCCGUGUUGGCCAUGUUUUCAGAAAGCGACACCCAUAUGACUUUCCUGAUGGCAAUGCUUUAACCUACAUCAAGAACACCAAACGCACCGCUGAGGUUUGGAUGGAUGAAUACAAGCAGUAUUAUUAUCAGGCACGUCCCUCUGCCAUUGGGAAAUCGUUUGGGAGUAUAGCAGACAGAGUGGAGCUACGGAAGAAGAUGAGCUGUAAAUCUUUUCAGUGGUAUCUUCAAAAUGUCUACCCUGAGCUAAAGAUCCCGGAGAAGGAGGUGAUCACUGGGAUAAUAAAGCAAGGAGCAAACUGUCUGGAGUCUCAGGGACCAGACACAGCAGGGAACAUUUUGGCUGGUGUGGGAGUCUGCAAGGGAACUGCAAGUAAUGCCCCUGCUGCACAGGAGUGGGUUCUUAGUGAUGCCUUGAUUCGACAGCAAGACAAGUGCCUGUCCAUCACAUCUUUCUCCACUGGGGCCCUCGUCAUGCUUGAACACUGCAACCAGAAAGAUAGCAGACAGAAAUGGAAGUUGAAAGGACACUUCUUGCAGCAUCUGAGCAGUGCCCUGUGUUUGGACACUCACACCUCCAGAGUUAUGAUCAACCCUUGCCAGUCAGACCUGGGAAGCCAACAGUGGGAAGUCAUCCAGGCAACAUGAAUAUUCAAAGCUACACAUUCUACAUGGCCCACGGAGAUGGGAUUCUGGGACAUUUCCUGGACCACCAGGUUCUGGACAUUAAACUCCAAGACUUUUCACAGGUGGUUAGACAAUGCCAGCCCUUGAAUGGCAUCACUUGAUGUCUUCACGGUUGUUUCUGGGGUCCAGCUGCCUCUGGAUAUGGCUGACACUUGGAAUUCUAUUUUAUCCAGUGACAUUUCUUAUAAAGUGAUCUGAUCAUGCUUUUUCAUCUCUGGUUGUAUUUUUCAUCGUGUCCACUGCAAAGCUAAGUCUUGUGGAUCCUCAGUGAAGAUGUAACAUGUUAUCAACAGACUAACGCGCUGUAAAUCUUCAAGCACAUUUCCAUGCAGAUCAUUCAAUGACUUGAUUAGUAAUUUAUUAUCAUGCAGUGUUAAAGAGCUCCUAUAUGGUAAAGGUUCUGUAUGGAAAAGUCUCUGACAGGUACAUCUCCACAGAUUACCUGCUGUGUUUUUACAGACAACAUGACAACAGAUGUAUGAGUUAAAGACUGAUGGGCUAAAAAUGCUGAGUUGCAUGUCACAUUAUUAGAAAUGCAAGAUUUCUAGUUAAAGCCUUUUGUUUCAUUUUCUUAUAUUUAAACUACCUUAUUGCUGUCUUUCUUACAUGUAGUUCUGAAUGUUAGAGUCUCAAAUAUGCAAUAUAUGUCUCUCUGAUAUUUAGCUCUGCAUGUUCUCAGAUGUACUGUGA